GUUGCAAACAUCGAACUCGAAAAAAUAAUUCAAAAGCAAUGGCUUGUGCAUUUUCCUGUCGGAACCUCUUUCUGACCACGGCAAAGCGCCCUCCGGUGCGUUGGCUUCCGGUGACCCGGGGCUGCAAGCUGAUGAACGAUUCGCUGGAUCACGCAACCGGAAUCGAGAAGCGGGAACUGUUGGCCCACCAGGCCGGGGAUCAUGAUCCGUUCAACUUGGAGGUGCUCAAGAAGGGUCCCGGAACCAAGGACAACCCCAAUAUAGUGUUUUCCGCGUUCGAGUACCGGCUGAUUGGGUGCAUCUGUGACGAGGACAGCAUCACCGUACAGUACAUGCCGAUGCGUCAGGGAGAGCUCAAGCGCUGCGAGUGUGGACACUGGUUUAAGAUGAUCCACAAGGCACCGGUUUAAAUAUUUUGGUUUCAAUAACAUAACAAACAUAUUUAAAUUUGAGAAAUAAAUAU